UAUUCCUAAGUGACGUCAUAUCGAGGUUAACCACGGAUAGACAUGGUUAACCUCUUAGUAGGGGUUUAGCGUAAUAUAUGCUGACAUGAUCAUUUGUGCCAGUGUAUAUAUAUUAACCGAUAGUUCGAUCAUUUCAGUCCUACCACUACCAUCUGAGACACGACUGCCUGAAAUGACAGAGCAGUUGAAAUUUCAUGUACGGGUAUAUUGAAAAGUGGGAAUCAAUGUCACGACUGAACUGACAGCUGAAGUUCUGCAAGUCGUAUGAGACAAGCCUACCACGACUUUUACAAUGCAAAGUAAAGGAGGUGAUGACCCCAAAAACGUUUGUCUCUACCAUGACAAACGAUGGAGAGGCCGUUUUCAGUACUUCAUCAAUCAAAUAAGAGGGAAUAUCGUACCUGUCAUCUACCUUGCCAAGUUCAAAAAGCUUGUGUGUACCUGUAAAUCUCCAGAAAAAUUUCCAAAGAAUUUUAACAAGGUCUUGUCUGAGAUUACCAUCAAAGACAUUCCAAACAUAGAGGCCAGGGAGUUUGUGAAAUAUCUGUAUGGGUGCGACAUCUGGAAAGAACAACAUAGAAGUAGAAGUGCAAAACGUCUCAUCUACCUUCUACAAUGUGCACUGCGACAAGACUUUGCUCUGAUCGAUUGUGUUGAUGUUAAUGCUGAUGGCUCCAAGCUUAGCCAGGACAUCUGGACAUCAGAAACAGCUAGGUUUACAGUGAAGACAUCUGAGCGUCGUUUCAUGGGGUUUCUUAUUGGGCAAAGGGGUCAAAAUAUCCGUAAAAUAGAGAGACAGUUUGGGUGUAAAAUAAACCUGAAGGUCGAGUUUGUCAGUGUACAAGACCAUACCAUUGCUGCUGAGAUCAAAUACCUUGCACGGAAUCCUCUAAAUUUGGAGGAUGUUUCUCAGUAUCUUGUGAAGGAAGCAAAUCGGAUUGCCGUGGAAAGAGAAUACUGUCGACUGAAGACGCUGGAGUACUAUCGGAGAAAGGGUGAAAGGGCAGUCAGGAAAACGCACCGUUCAAAAGAUGUCAACAUCAAUGAGAAGAUGUCAAACGUCAGGAAAUAUGAGAAGAGAUUCAAAAACAACAACAGGCAACGUCAUGGCAGACAAGGGAACGUCUCCAAACUGGAUGGGAGUCGCUGCCUCAACUGUUUGGUGGGCUACACUACACCAUUGUUUAAGGCUGCCAAGUGCACUUACCAUCCGGGAUAUAUAGUUGCAGAUCAAUUGACAAGCACCAAUGGGGGCAAGAAGCAGAUGCCAAAUCACAGGUGGACAUGUUGUGACCUGGCAACCCAGACAGCCAACGCUACCUUGGAGGAACAUGCACAGACUGGGUGUACUGUCGGAUUCCAUAACUGGCGUCCUGUCGGGAAACAAGAUAGGAGAGAUAUGAAGUCGAGGAUUGUGUGUCUGGACGAAUCCAGUCUCACUGUGGAGCCAAAGUAGAUUCAAAUUAGAUUAAACAGACUACGAUCCCAUCUCCCUGGGAGCUGGAGUUGAUUAUACAAACUACAAUCUCAAUUUAUAGCAGGAGUUGAUUCUUUAGAGCAGUUUGUAAUGGUGCUCAAUCUACAUCAACAGUCUCAAACUAAAUGCCUGGGUGGAAUGAGACGAUGCAGUAGAUGAUGAAACAUUAUUCUUUUAUUGCAACUUGGUCAAGACUCGUGGGACAGUUGUGGCAAGAUUCAGUAAAAUCAAUGUCCAGACAUUGAACAAGAUCAACAGUUUCUCAAGGAUCACUUACUGAUUGUUGGACAAAGACUGACCACGCAGGAGCCAGAGUGAAAUGACAGUGCCGUUGGAAGGACACUUGACUUAGUUGUGCCCUGCGGAGGAAAAGAUGUGAAUUAUUACUUGCUGUCAGAAACAGGACAAAGAAUGGUACAGGUUGUGCAGAGACUUCAGUAUGAUGAAGCAAAUUGUUUCACAGGACUAAGUGAGACACCAGAGAUGUUUUUGCAGUAUGAUUAAAUAUCUGAUCAAAUAUUUGUA